AGAGGAUAAAAGUGGCAUUAAUGGUUUGAGGGUUCCAGACCUCAGUGAAGGCAUCACCUGCCUAUGAUCUCUAAGAGAGCCGUGCUCAGAGCCGUUAGACUGUCUGCUGGCACUCAGCAUCACAGAUUGUCGAGGGGCUCACUGGUACGAGGUUAUACAUUAGAGGAGAACUAGAAGAGAGAAUUAUUCUGGAAUACAGGUUGCUUCCAAACUGCUCUGAAUCAUACCGAAAUGGAGAGACCUGCCUCAGUGUUGUGCCUGAGAACGUGCUGUAUACAAAACUGUAAACCACUCCAUUCCGCUGAAAAUCCACCUGAGCUGGGACAAGCCCAUCUCUCCAGGAACUGCAGUUGCUCUCGUAGGAUGAUGAAGCAAAGGCGGUCAAACAGUAUUAGCAUGUGCACCUUGCCCAUCAUCCCAGAAUAUCCAGGCUUCCAGGACAUUAAGUUAUCAAGGAAUCAUUCAAAAACUCCAGCCUUCAACCAACUUUUCCAGGAUUUGGAAAAAGGAAAGAGCUUCUCAUCACAGCUGAAUACUUUUCCCAACAGAGCUCCAUUAGUCCAUUGUUUGGGAGGCUCUUCAAGAGGCUACCUGAAAGGCCACCCAACACCCAGCAGUGGCUUCCAUGACAAGCCACUGCAAGAGUAUUUCAACGAGAGGCUAAUGGAGCUGAGGAACUAUGAAAGUAAGAGGUCAAAUAGGAAGACAAAGGGGUUUGCUGAUAAGAACCAGAACACCUUCCUCAGCCGCAGAGGAUCUCGGCGCAGAAGCAGUUGCAGUGCCGUGGUAACGAUUGGGCACGGCAAGGAGAGUGAAGAGUCCUGCAGCUCAGCAAACCAAGACAACACAAAAGUGAUCCAGAGUGACGAUCAAGAGGAGACCCAGAAUGUCCUGGACCUCUACAAGAGUGACUUCUUGGACAUUUUGACAAUGCACAUCGCUGGUUCCCUAGCAACAUUUGUGCAGGAAAAAUGAUACUAGAGCUGGUUACAACAUUUCAUGUAGUCCUGAAAAGCUGGAGGAAUAGUUCCUGUUCAGCACCAUUCUGAUUUACAUAGUUCAUGUAUGUCAGUCCACUCCGGCACAGAAAUGUGCUUGUUUGUGGGAGAAAAUAUUCUCUCAUUUUGUGUUCUUGAUUAGCAUUGCAUAUAUUUGUUUUCAAUUAUUUUCUGCAAAGAAUCAGUAUAAUUGAGACAUAGUUGUUACUUAUUUAUAUAGGGAGAGCAGGGUUCUAAAUACAUGCACAUAUUAUUUGAAUUCUUAAAUUGCCUUAAAAAAAGGUGAUUAGUGUCAGAGGAGCAGCUUGGUUUCCUACUGUGCAGUUUGUAUUAGCUAAUCACAAGAAAGACUGUUAUGUUCUGCCUAGUUACUUUGCUUUUUUUAAGCCUCUUGGUAUUUAUUACACCUCUUUGGCCCGGCUCGUUUAUGGUGAUGUUUUGCACACAUGCAAACAGUUGAUAAGAAAUGAUUGUUUUUCACUCAUUGCCACAUGUAAUCACCAGGUGGAUCCUUGUAAGUGUUUGAUACAUGAAGAAGCAAACACAGACGUAAGUUUUACUUUUAAAUAUGAUCGGCCACUAUGGUUACAUAUGCAGACUCAAAAACCUUUGACUUAAAAAGCACUACAAGGGCAAAGAGGGAAAAAUGCUAGAUUUCAGUGAGAAUGGUGGAAUUAUGAAAGAAGGUUCCUUCCCUCUUUCCUGCUGUAAAUAUGACAACAACAUAGCAAAUUCCUAAUGUAAUUUGAACUUCAAAUUGUUUAUUGUAUUUUAGUGUUUAUCGUGGUCAUCUAAGUCUACAAUGCCAGCUGCAGCUGAAUCUUUUUAUUAAGUGAAAUGUCAAUGUCUAAUUCCACAGUACACUGACUGAAUAUCAGACCCAAAGCAGGGCAAUUAUUUUAAGCUUCCAGAAAGAACUCCUACUGCUUGUGGCAUCACUGGCAAUAAAUUCCUCAUUACAGUG